AUGCCAAAGUGCCCGAAUUGUAACAAGGAAGUGUACUUUGGUAAGUUGUCUAUAAUCCGCCCCUCUGGGUUGUGUAUUUUGACUACGUCUUCCCUUUAGUUUGAUCGAUUUUACCUUCGUUUGCAUUUUGAGCCAUGCAAGCAUAAGUGAUUUUAGGUUCGCGCGGGUUAGGGUAAUUGAUUUUUCUUUGGCUUUCACUGUAUGCUUGCAUGAAGCGUGACUUUGUUCUCAAUGAACACAGUCUUUUGAAGAAUUUUUCGUACUUUAGCUUCUGCAUAAAACCCUUACAUUGACGUGCUAAUGAAAUCAGUAUACAACUGUACUAACUUUGCGAUGUUAGUCACUAGUGCUAAGUUUGCGUUAAAUUCAUUUCACUGAACGAAAUCCAAAAUUGCUACUGUUACAGACCUUAACCAGUGUGAGCUGGUGAACGAAAAAAGGUUUUUUUUCUCUAGAAGAAGCCAUAGGAAGCCAUGUAAAUUAUGCUUAAUUUUACUGUUUAUACCUAUUUCAGCUGAGAGAGUGUCUUCACUGGGCAAAGACUGGCAUCGGCCUUGUCUGAGAUGUGAAAAAUGCAAAAAAACCCUCUCCGCUGGGAGUCACGCAGAGGUAUUAAGUGUAGCAGUAAAAUCUAGUUUAUACACUUUUUACAGUUGUAAUUUAGAGUAAUCAUCUUAAAACGUGAUUUCCAUCCGAGGUGAUAGUGGCAUUUGAGGAAUCAAUUAAAUGUAAUUAAAUACCCUGAGGCAGGCGUCCACGAAAGUGCAAAAUUUUUAAAAAACUGACUGAAGUUUUAUGAUAAAUUUCAAAGGCAACAAACCCGUGAAUAAUACCUUUUGUAUUUUACUAUUAUAAUCUAUCUUAUACCGUUCACAGUCCUCAGACCCUUUUUCCGUAAAAUCGUUUUAAAGACCGAUCGCUUCCCAUUAUAAUUUCGGGCGACCAUCUUGGUUUUAAAUGUACGGAGGGUAGAGCCCAAGGGCUUAUAGUGAUUGGGGAGGGAACGCAAGUUGUAGUGUGACAGUCCCUCUAUUUUUUUUUUUGCUUCCUCCCAAACCAUACCUUUCUACCCAACAUUUGGUUAGAGGUGAGCCGCUGAGGGUUUCAAAUCCUGACCCUGUUGAGGGUCAGGAUUUGAGUUAAUUAUAGUGGUAACCGAUCGGUCUUUAAAACGAUCUUACGAAAAACUGGCCAGAGGACUGUGAACGGUAUAAGAUAGAUGAUAAUAGUAAAAAUUAAAAGGUAUCAUUCAGGGGUUUGUUCCCUUUGAAAAAUGCACACCCUGUUUAGGACAACACCCUCAAUCUUAUUCUUAUUACACUGUUUAGGACAAACGACACAAACGGCAAAAUGAACGCUGUCUUGUUCUAAAGUCAUUUAUUGGCAAUUGCAAUUGACAAAAUUCACGUUAUAGUCAUUGCUUUUGCAUAUUGGAACAGAAACAAAUUUCAUCAAGCAAAUCAACUCAAUAGUGACUCUCAUGAAAUUAUAUGCCCUGUUUAGGACGGAGAUGACAAAAACCAUACCCCGUUCAGCGGCACAUUCCCGUAAAGGCCAUACAAUAAGGGGGUAUAACCCAUCCCCCCCCGGAGGAAAAUAGGGAACUGUUAAACAGUCUAUAUCUGUCCUGAGAAGAAAAAAACUCGCCUGCGAACAAGGACGUACAGCAAACUCUUAGUGGGGGGUGGGUACAAGAAAGGGACUAGAACUUGCAACAACGAGUGAGGAAUUUUAAUUUUUGCAUAUUAAAAAAAGAGUUACUUAUCAUCUUGGUCGUUUCCCUCUGUUUUCAAACAGAAACGCCUAUAAAAUUGGAAGGGGAAACGUACACGAUUUGUUAAUGUUACAUGUGAACAUGAAUAUUGUAAAAAUAAAAGAGAAAAAAUGCUCCUUUUCAAGAAAAAAAAAAACGAAAAAAUGUGAGCGGGGGCCUCCAACCUCGUCUCUGGGGUCUUCUUGCUUUGCAGUCUGGCCGAGAGGUCCCUGUGGGCGAGGUCUCGGGGCCUAUAUCCAGUGUCGAUCUCCCACCAUGUAACCGCUGUUAAGAACAUUUCUUUUAUUUUAGCAUGCUGGCAAGCCGUACUGCCAUAACCCAUGUUACUCUGCGCUCUUUGGCCCCGGAGGUUUUGGUCGCGGUGGAGCAGAGUCGCACAAAUAUUAG